AAGUUCUGCCACCCCUCGCCGCUGAAGACAGUGCUCUCGCGAUGCCCAACAUGGACGUCUCGCUGGACGAGCUCAUCGCUUCGAACGCCAAGCAGGCGUCGAAGAAGCCGGGCCGCGGCGGUGGCGGGCGCGGGCGCGGCGGCGGGCGCGGCGGGCGCGGCAUCACAAAGCCCGGCAAGAGGGCGGUUGUGGUCAAGAAAAAGGCCGGUGGUGGUGGUGGCGGCGGCCGGAAGCGGCAGGGCGCCGAGGUAAAGAUCGGAGCUAUGACGGAUAUCAAGCUCGCGGCGGGCGCCGUCGCCAACAUGAUGCGCGAAGGGACGCCGCCGAAAGUACUCGCCAUCAGCCCGACGUGCGUCAACGCGGCCGUCAAGACGCUCGCGCUCGCCCGCCGCUACCUCGAGGAGGAGGGACUCGAGCUGAUGGCGACGGUCGACUUUCCUGAGUUUGACGAGUCGGCCAACUCGGCGAACGUCGCGCUGCACCUCUCUCAGAAGCGGAAGCGGACGGACCUGUCGACGGUCGCGGCGCAGCUGCAAGUCUCCUCCUCCUCCGAGCCGUCCAAGGUAGCGGGCGCCGUGGCAGGCACGGCCCGCGAGUGCGCAGACCAGCCCGUCAAGCGGCUGUGCGUCUCGUGCGCCGGGCCGGCGGCGAUGCUCGUCUCGCUCCAGGCGGUCUACCUCGCCCGCCGCUACCUCGAGGAGGACGGGCUCGACCUCUCCGUCGUGCCAGAGUUCGAGAAUGUCGAGCGCGGGCCGUCGAUCGUCCAUCUCUUCACGCUCGUGCACAAGCCGAACGCGGCGCUCUGAGAGCUGCGCCGCGAAGUCGUUGAUGGUAGGAGGGGAAGAGAGGGCUGAGAGGCUGCUGUGUUCGGCCAACCCACACUCCCUAACUUAUUUGUACGUACGUGUGAGUGUGUGCAUGGAUGUCCGUGUGAGUAUGUACAACUCUUUCGGU